AUGUCUGCCGGUCUCUACGCCAUCCCCUACAAUGGCACCGAGGGCGAGGCCGACGCCGGCUACUCUGCCGGUGUUGCUGACCUCAACGUCUUCUAUGAGUCUGGCGACCUGGCCUGGAUCAUGGUCUGCUCGGCGCUCGUGCUGCUCAUGAUUCCCGGUGUCGGUUUCUUCUACUCGGGUCUUGCCCGUCGAAAGUCCGCAUUGUCUUUGAUAUUGAUCUCGAUGAUCUGCGUGGGCGUGGUAGGAUUCCAAUGGUUCUUCUGGGGUUAUACUUUGACCUUCUCUCACACCGGCUCCGUCUUCCUCGGCGACAUGUCAAACUUUGGUCUCAAGGAGGUUGUCGCUCAACCCUCUGUCGGCUCCACCAAGAUUCCUGAUAUUCUCUUUUGUCUGUACCAGGGCAUGUUCGCCGCCAUUACUCCCGCCCUCGCUCUCGGCGCUAUUGCUGACCGCGGCCGCAUCCUCCCCGCCAUGGUCUUUGCCUUUAUCUGGGCCACCAUUGUCUAUGACCCCAUCGCCUACUGGACCUGGAACGGCAAUGGCUGGCUGUUCAUCCUCGGCUCCUACGACUUUGCUGGUGGUACGCCCGUUCACAUCUCCUCUGGCGCGGCCGCCCUUGCCUACUCAUUGAUGCUGGGCAAGCGCACCGGUUACAACAGCGUCCACGGCCUCCCAUACCGCCCUCACAACGUCACCCACGUCGUUCUCGGAACCGUCUUCCUCUGGGUCGGUUGGUUCGGUUUCAACGGCGGUUCCGCUCUCGCCUCCAACAUCCGUGCUGUUAUGGCUUGCUUCAACACCAACCUUGCUGCCGGUGUCGGUGGUGUCACCUGGAUGCUCCUUGACUACCGUCUGGAGAAGAAGUGGUCCACCAUCGCCUUCUGCUCUGGCGCCAUCGCCGGCCUGGUUGCCAUCACCCCCGGUGCUGGUUUCGUUACACCCUGGGCUGCCGUCAUCUUCGGCAUUGUCGGUGGCAUCGCCUGCAAUUUUGGCACUAAGCUCAAGUUCGUGCUUGGCAUUGACGACGGUCUUGAUGUCUUCGCCGUCCACGGAAUCGGUGGUAUCUGCGGUAACAUACUGACCGGUAUCUUCGCUGCCUCCUACAUCGCCGCCCUCGAUGGCGCCUACACCGGCGAGAGCGCGAUUGCCGGCGGUUGGAUCGAGCACCACUACGUCCAGCUCGGCUACCAGCUGGCCGGCUCCGUCGCCGGUUUCGCCUGGUCCUUCACCUUGACCUGCCUCAUCCUCUUCCUCAUGAACCUCGUUCCUGGCCUCAGCCUGCGUGUCAGCGUCGACGACGAGGACCUUGGCCUCGACGACUGCCAGCUCGGCGAGUUUGCCUACGACUACGUCGAGGUCACCCGCCAUGUUUCCGACAUUGCGCCCAGCAGCAGCCAUGACGGUGCCCCCGGCAGCUCCGCCCACAGCUCAUUGCCUGAGAAGACUGUCUAA